UCACUCCAGACCACACCUGUCAACAGCCCAAGGCAGAAAGCAACCAAAGGGGGAAAAGGGAAAUGGCUCUGGUGAGAGAGGAGAUCAAAGCCAAUGCUGAAGUCUACCAUGGAGAUGAGAUCUGUCAAGAGAAAUCAAAGCUUUUGCUCACAGAAGUAGGGCUGCCCAAUGGGCUGCUGCCUUUACAGGACAUUGAGGAAUGUGGGUAUGUGAGGGAAACUGGUUUUGUGUGGCUCAAGCAGAAGAAGAAAACAAUUCACAAGUUUGAAAAGAUUGGCAAGCUUGUAUCCUAUGAACCUGAAAUCACAGCUUACGUUGAACAAAACAAGAUCAAGAAACUCACUGGUGUGAAGACCAAGGAGCUCUUGCUUUGGAUCACUCUGAGUGAUAUUUAUGUCGAUGAUCCACCAACCGGCAAAAUCACUUUCAAGACUCCUGCAGGCCUGUUCAGGUCUUUUCCAGUGUCGGCUUUUGUGCUUGAAGAUGUCAAGGAUGUGAAGAAAGCCAUGGAUGUGAAGAAAGCUGAGGAAGAGGCUGGAUCAGGGGAAGUGAAGGAGGUGUGAGCUUGGACAAGUUUUUAGCACCGAAUGCUUCAUCUUAGUAUAAUGCUUUCUCUCUUUUGAUGUGUUUUGAUGCUUUUCCCAUUUACUACUACCAGUACCGAAAAAUAAAAUAAAGUUAGAAUUUCAACAAGAGUUUCAAUCAUAUGCAUGGAACGCAGCGCUGAAAGCAACUUCUACCAAGAAUGAAAACUUAUCUUACUUUCAA